CGGAAAUACAACUCGUCUUCAGGAGCAGCGAGUCAAACCUUGACGGCGACAACUUCUCACGAUGGCGCCCCCUGCUGUAACGGCGGUGGUAUUGCUGGUGCUCCACCUGGUUUUGGGACUCAGCUCUCACCAACAUCUUCAUGAAGACCAUGUGGAACAUCAGCUGAACUCCGAGCAUGAUAUGAACGUCCUGCUGGGAGAAAAGGACACGGAAUCGUUAAAGAAACUAAGCCCGGAGGAGCAGAGGGAAAAGAUGAUGGACAUUGUAAAGAAGAUUGACACAAAUGCUGACAACAAGCUAAGUGCAGAGGAGAUCACAGUGUGGAUUCAGCUGGUCUACAGAAAAUACGCCCUGGAUGACGCAGAGGAGCGCUUCCCCGAAUUUGACGUGAACCAGGACGGUGUGGUGGCAUGGGAGGAGUACAACAUGGCCGAGCUGUUCAGUUUGGAUGAAGGCCCCGUUGUGGAUGAUGCGGAGCGAGAGUCCAUGAGACACCUGCACCUGAAGGACAGAAGGCGCUUCGACUCGGCGGAUGUGGACGGCACGCCCGGCCUCAACGUGACCGAGUUUUUGGCCUUCACCCACCCCUCCGAAGUGGACCACAUGGCGGACUUUGCCAUCGAGGAUGUGUUGAGUGAAUAUGACACGGAUCACGAUGGACUGAUCAGCCUGAAGGAAUUUAUUGGCGAUCUUCGACGGGACGAGGACGCACCUUCGCAGUGGGAGGUUGAGGAGACGGUGCGCUUCAAGGACCUCUACGACCAGGACCAGGACGGCAAGUUGAAUCGAGAGGAGCAACUGCGCUGGGUCGCACCCAACAGCUACGGAUCUGCCCGGGAAGAAGCUCUCUACCUCAUCAAAGAGAUGGACCAGGAUGAAGACGGGCAGAUCUCCGCGGACGAAGUGUUGAAGAACCAAGACACCUUCCUGCACAGUGAAGUCACCGACUAUGGCAGACACCUGCACGGGUCACACGAUGAACUGUAACGCCAUCAUCCUCUCAUUUACUUGCACCUGCACGAGUCACACGAUGAACUGUAACGCCAUCAUCCUCUAAUAGAUGUUAUUUGUAAAAGCACUUUACAUUGAGCAAACAACCUCAGAGUGCUACAGUGCAUUUAAAAAACAAAACAAAAACAACGCUAGAACCACAAAUGGCUGCCCCCAACAAGUAAAAUAAAUUGUAAAAAAAAUAAAAACUAGAACAGCCUAAUAGCUAGAACUAGCACACAUACACUAUAUUGCCAAAAUUAUUUGGCCACCCAUCCAAAUGAUGAGAAUCAGGUGUCCUAAUCACUUGGUAUCAAAUCAAGCACUUUCCAGCGUGGAACUGUCACAGGAUGCCACCUGUGCAACAAAUCCAGUCGUGAAAUUUCCUCGCUCCUAAAUAUUCCAAAGUCAACUUUAUUAUUAGAAAAGUGAAGAGUUUGGGAACAACAGCAACUCAGCCACCAAGUGGUAGGCCAGGUAAACUGACAGAGAGGUCAGCAUAGUGCAAAGACACAGUCAGUUGCUACAGAGCUCCAAACUUCAUGUGACCUUCCAAUUAGCCCACGUACAGUACGCAGAGAGCUUCAUGGAAUGGCUUUCCAUGGCCGCGCAGCUGCAUCUAAGCCAUACGUCACCAAGUCCGAUGCAAAGCGUGGGAUGCAGUGGUGUAAAGGACAUCACCACUGGACUCUAGAGCAGUGGAGACCCCUUCUCUGGACUGAUGAAUCACACUUUUCCAUCUGGCAAUCUGAUGGACCAGUCUGGGUUUGGAGGUUGCCAGGAGAACGCUACAUUUCGGACUGCAUUGUGCCGAGUGUGAAAUUUGGCGGAGGAGGAAUUUUGGUGCGGGGUUGUUUUUCAGGAGUUGUUCCAGUGAAAGGAACUUUGAAUGCUCCAGGAUACUGAUGGAAGCAGAUCAGAAUCAUAUCCAUAUUUAAGUGGUACUUCUUUCUAAACUCCUAUAGUCAUAUUUUCAUCAGCUAAUGUCUCAUGUGGUAACAAAGUGCUUGCAUUCUAGUGCCCUUGUGUAGAGAGACAGAGCACUGUUGAGACUGCCAUAACAUUCCUAAGAUAAGGAGCACAGGGCAGUGCUGAGCUUGGGGGACAGGAGGUGGAGGGGAGACCGAGCUAGACCGGGCUGGGGAACGCUGGUGUGCUAGAUUGGUCUCAGGUUUGUCCUCUAAGCUUGGAGAAUAAACCACAAAAUACCAACUGCUGCCUGUUGAUUGAAUAUAAACAUCAGCUUAUUGCCAUGAAAAGAAUCUGGGAGAGACUAGCAAUUUGAAUUCCCCAUUGGAGGAAUGCUGGUCAACGCAACAAUACCAAAACAUUUUGGACAAUUCCAUGGGAAUGGCACUUCAAGUUCAUAUGUGAGUAAAGGCAGGUGGCCAAAUACUUUUGGCAAUAUAGUGUAUAUCUAAAAAAAAAAAAAGGCUUUUUUUAAAAAGAAGGGUUUUUAAGCCUGUUUUAAAAGCAUCCACAGUCUGUGGUGCCCUCAGGUGGUCAGGGAGAGCGUUCCACAGACUGGGAGCGGCGGAGCAGAGAGCCCGGUCUCUCGGAGGUUAGCCUGUCCGGAGCGGAGGUGUCAUGUGGAGGAUUUGGGGGUGAGCAGUUCUUUGAGGUAGAGGGGGGCAUUACCAUGGAGGCACUGGUGGGUUAGUAGGGAGACUUUGUAUCUGUCAUUUACUUUCACCUGCAUGAGUCACAUGAUGAACUGUAACGCCAUGAUUGACUUUGAAGUUAGGCAGGGCCUCCACAUUGGAGAAGUAAAUGAAACACUGACAUGUAUUUGCCUAAAAAGUGAACUACCAGCCCGUCACGGUAGCGGCUGCUCACGUGCUUCCUCUUUUUCAAACAAAUGAGCGAGCUGCAGCCGACUCGACUCAUUUCCUGCAUCCUUUCACUCGCAGUGUCAACCUGGCCGUUGCAACGUGCGCUACACUUCAGGAUGGACUUAGACUUUAAGGAUGCCUUUUGGGUGAGACUAUUUUUCAUUUUGUCAACAAAUGUCUUGGUUUGCUGAACACUGAAGUUAAUGAGUCACUCCAGUCGUGACGAUCUCUUGUUUGUUUGACCACCGGCACUCAGAAUGUUGCAAUGUGGGGAAUUAUCAUCGGCCAUGUCAUCUUGUAACACAUCCUGGGAGAGGUUUCUCUUUUUAAAAAUUUUUCAGAAGUAAAACUCAAAACUUUAUAGAGAUUGUACUUUUUUUUGCCAUGCAUUUGUUCCCUUUUUUCAUGAAAAAAAAUAUAUUUUUUCCACUUUUGUCAGGUUUGUAACAGAAUACUUGUUAUUAAAAUGUUUUCUAAUUUUA